AUGGACACCAUCAAGCAGGCCCUCGGAACCCCCUCCGCCCACACCGAGGAACAGCAGCGCCACAUCUACGACAACCUCCCCGCCGAACAGCGCGAGAAGCAGUCCUACGCCGACUGGGUCAAGGAGGUCUACAACGACCAGUACGAGAAGUGGAUGCCCUGGCUGGAGGACCAGUACCUGAAGUGGUUCGGGAACGGGGACAAUAAGGCGUCGUAUGCCACCAAGGACAGCCUCUCCAAGACAAAGAUCACGGGCAGCAAGCAAGUCGAUCAGAUCCAGGACGAUGUGAACAACCUCAUCGGGAACCAGGUCGGCGAGAAUGGGCUUCUGGCCCCCUUGGGCAACAUGGCGUCGAAAGAAGGCAUCAACCGGGCUGAGCGCGGUGGCAAGGAUGACCAGGGCUCCUAUGGAGGACCGAUGGCGGGCAUCACCGACCCCGUGGACGAGACGUCGCAGCGUGCUGGCCAGGGCCUGUCGUCGGGGAUCCAGUCGGCGGGUUCUUCUCUUGCCAGCGGAGCCCAGAAUGUGGGGAGUGUCCUCCCGGGAUUCGGCAGCAAGUGA